AUGUAUUCCCAAAAUUCUACACCACCGUCAGUCCUUCCACCAGGAUAUGGUCAACCACCCCCAGGACCACCAUAUGCCGCUGGGCUUUCAGCUUCACCUCUGGUGUCUCAGACCUCCUGGUCAAGUGGACUUUGUGACUGUUGCCUUGAUAUCCCUAACUGUUGUAUAACAUGUUGGUGUCCUUGCAUUACUUUCGGACAAAUAGCUGAGAUUGUUGACAAUGGAACAACUUCUUGUGGAGUACAUGGAACUCUCUAUGCGUUGAUCAAUGUUCUAACCGGUUGUGGAUGCAUUUAUUCUUGCUUUAAUCGUACCAAGAUGAGGCGCCAAUAUGGAUUGCCUGAAGUUCCUACUAAUGAUUGCUGCGUUCAUUUCUGCUGUGGGCCAUGUGCCUUGUGUCAAGAGUAUCGCGAGCUUCAACGCCAUGGAUUCGACUUGUCUAUUGGUUGGCAAGGAAAUAUGGAUAGGUCGAGGAUGUCUAACAAUGGAGUCCAAAUUCCAUCCACUCCUCUUGGAGGAAUGAAUCGUUAG